UGUUGCCAGGUCAUCAGCGCGGCGGCCACCGACGUGGACUGCCACGUGCAGGACCCGCUGGGCAGCACCGUCUACAGCGAGACCAGGAAGCAGUACGACAGCUUCACCCACCGGGCGGCGCACGCCGGCGUCUACCAGUUCUGCUUCAGCAACGAGUUCUCCACCUUCUCCCACAAGACCGUCUACUUCGACUUCCGAGUGGGCGACGAGCCCCCCAUCCUCCCAGAAAUGGGGGGCAAGGUCACAGCGCUCACCCAGAUGGAGUCCGCCUGCGUGACCAUACACGAGGCCCUGCGGACGGUGAUCGACUCCCAGACGCACUACCGGCUCCGGGAGGCCCAGGACCGGGCGCGGGCGGAGGACCUCCACAGCCGGGUCUCCUACUGGUCUCUGGGCGAGACCGUGGCCCUGUGCCUGGUGGGCGUCAGCCAGGUGCUGCUGCUCAAGAGUUUCUUCACCGAGAAGCGGCCCGGCAGGGCAGCCCCCUCCUAGUUGGGGCGUCCUGGCCGGCCCCUCACCCCCCGGACGGGGCAGCUCCGAGGCCGCAGGGCUGAGGGCUGUGGGCUGAGGGUGUGACCCCGGCUGUGGCCGUCCUGCGCUCACCUCCCCUUCGGGUCAGAGGCCUCACCCUUGUCCCCGGACGGAGUAUGGACAGAGCUCAGGACUGACAGUGUCCCCUGCACUGGGCGUGAGGCUGGACGGAGCGGCCUGCAGUCGGACGGGCCGGCGGGUCCUAUCGUGUGGAGAGGGAGGGAGGGCUCCGUCCAGGGACCGUGCCGCCCGCCUGCACGCAGGAAUGGAGUGGGAGCGGGGACUGGGUGCCGGUCGCUGUGCGUCCGCUAGGAGGGGGGACGUCGGCUAAUAAAGACGCAGCGUGAGCGCC